AUGCUGCGAAGAAACAUGUUCGGAUACGAUAUAAACAAGCGAGGUUCCCCGGCUGGGGAAAUCAAGAUACCCGAGACGCAGGGACUGGUGGUAACCAUUCUCUUCCAGCACUUCUACUUCACGCCUGACUCGCCUUGGCUGCUCGAGUACAACGCAGCGCUCGCCUGCAUCUGCUACAUGGCCUUCCUGGGCUUUAUAGACGACGUGCUCGACAUCCCCUGGUGUUGUUGCUAUUCAACAUGUGGCAGAUGGCAGACAG